UGCUGGCCACUUUUUUUACUUGAUGGACUUUGCUCUAAUUUCAUGUUAAGAUUUGCAGUUGUUUUUUAACAUUAUUUUCGUAGAAAAUUGUAUAUUAAUUUAUUGUAAUUAGUUUUCUAAGCACAUAUAAUGUCUCGUGUAUUAGUUGGAGUGAAGAGGGUCAUUGAUUAUGCGGUCAAAGUCCGUGUCAAGCCAGACAAGACUGGCGUAGUAACAGAUGGGGUGAAGCACUCAAUGAAUCCGUUUGAUGAGAUCGCAGUUGAGGAAGCAGUCCGGAUGAAGGAGAAGAAAUUGGCCAGUGAAGUCAUCGCUGUUUCAUGUGGCCCCGCACAAGCACAAGAAACUUUAAGAACAGCUCUCGCCAUGGGUGCUGACAGAGCCAUCCAUGUGGAAGUGGCAGGAGCUGAAUAUGAAACCCUGCAGCCCCUACAUGUUGCUAAGAUUCUGGCUAAACUGUCCAAGGACGAGAAAGCAGAUAUAGUGAUUGUAGGCAAACAGGCUAUUGAUGACGACUCCAACCAAACUGCACAAAUGACAGCUGCUCUGCUGGACUGGCCACAGGGUACAUUUGCGUCAAAGGUAGAGAAGACAGACGCGGGUCUGACAGUGACGCGCGAGAUCGACGGAGGUCUGGAGGUGAUCAAGACCAAGCUCCCGGCCGUGCUCAGUGCGGACCUGCGCCUCAACGAGCCCCGAUACGCCACGCUGCCCAACAUUAUGAAAGCCAAAAAGAAGCCAUUGAAGAAGGUGACAGCGAAAGAUUUGGGUGUGGACCUGGCGCCAAGGAUCAAGGUGGUAUCAGUGGAGGACCCGCCGGUGAGGCAGGCCGGCUCCAUCGUGCCCGACAUCGACACACUCGUCGGCAAACUUAAGGAGGGAGGACACGUUUAAAACAGAGACGUCUAAUCCACAGAUCGAACAUUUAUUAAAAUCCUUUCUUAGUAAAAUCAGUUUAUACACGAGAUUUUUAAUAAGAAUUUCAGUGAUGUAGCCUCGAAGUUGUUGAAUAUACACAUAUUACCAUGUUAAAA